UUUUAAAAUGAUAGGUACAAAGCUCUGUCAUAUCAUGCAAUAUUUAUUAUGAUUUUACUACAGAUGAAGAAAGGUUAUGCAAACAACAAUAAAAAUGGACAGUAUUUUGGUUAAUUAUCUACAUAUAUUUUUAAGGAAUAAAAAGUAUUUCUUUGGAAACUAUACUACAAUGAAAUUACCUCAUUCAAUUCACCUGUUAACUCUCCUCAAAGACAAGACAGUGACUAUCACAUAUGUAUUUGCAUUAGCUGUUGUCUUAUCUGUUCUAACAUGAACAUAUAAGCAUUCAUUUCUCUCUCAGCUCAUUUCCUCUUACCCUAGUCUCUUCUACGAGAACUCCCGCUACAUCAUGUUCAUCUGCAUGGUGGUCAAUGAUGCUCUGCAGCUCACGCUUGUAACAAGUCUGUAUGUGAUCAGCUACAUCUUCAGGAAGAUCCAUCUCUCAGUCUGUUGCCUUCUGGUUAUGACUGCAGUCUUUACCACCCGCUCCACCCCUCUCAUCCUGGCCGGCAUGGCUGUGGAGCGCUUCAUCUCCAUCUGCUUUCCCCUACACUUCAGCUACAUGUGCACAGUGCCUCACACCCUCCUUCUCAUCGGUGUCAUCCUCAUCCUUGCUGCCACACCACCAAUCACUGACCUCCUCAUAAUCGUCAUCAAGGAGCCUCCGAGUUUCUUCCACAGUGUCAUUUCUUGUGACCACUCACUUCUCUUCCCUGAUUCUUCCAUCUAUUACAAGAACUGUGUGUUUGAUGGGUUGUACCUUUCAUUUGUGGCCCUCAUACUGCUCUACACCUACUGUAAGAUCAUGCUGACAGCACAGGCUGCCUCGACCAGCCUGGCAUCAGUGAAGAGAGCCAGGAACACCGUGCUGCUUCACGGAGUGCAGCUGCUGCUGUGCAUGCUCGCCUUCGUGGUUCCCUCCCUCCAGGCUGCUCUGAUCUCCCUUUUCCCUCAGCUGAUAAUGGAGAUCCGUUACGUCUUCUUCUUGGUCGUCUACAUCAUCCCCCGCUUCAUGAGCCCAGUUAUCUAUGGGUUCCGGGACGAGCUGUUCAGAAAGUACUGGUUCCGGUAUCUGUCGUGUCAGAGUCUGAAGAUCAUUAGGGUCAGGCCUGGAACUUUGAAAGAAGCCUGCAGGUGAAAUAAAGUCCAGUUGGAAGCAUGGAAACCAUCAUUUGAGAUCUGGCUUCACUUUUAAUCAGUGCAGUAUGUUGUGAUUUCAAGGUUGAAGACUAAUUGGUCUCUGUUUCAAAUUCUUAACUUUUCUGACUGUGGAACUGCUGGAUUAACAUAAUUUGAAAUGUAACCAUUUUUUUCAGAAUAAAACCUUUAAAUUCACUAAA